GCUGGGCCGGCGUUGCCAGGAGUCGGAGCCGCGCUGCUGUGCGCCUCGGCGGGCGGGGAGCCCGCGCUCUUCCCGGCCGGUGGAGUUCGUUCUCGGGGAACGCAGAGGCGCAUCUACCGGCCUUCGUUUGGAGCUUAACUGAAUGGAGAUGGAGGACUAUGAGACGUUCUGUGCAAAACACCUGGCGAGGCUCCAAGGAGAGCUACUGCAGGGAGAGAUGCCUCCAGUUGCUCAGCACAACAACGUUUCCCUGAUUCAGUUCCAUGGCGUUCCUGUGCUUCCUCCUCUGCUUAGUCUUGAGAGAAAAAAGGAAAUCCAUCAAGAUAGACAAAAAGCAUUGAACUUUGAACUCUGGAGGCAAAAUUCCAGGAAAAGAAUUUUGCUGAAUCGUGUUCAGGAGAUUCUGGAAAAUGUGCAGAUGAAGAAAUUGUCCAGUCCGAGUGAUUUAGGUCCCUCAGGGAUGGAGAAAAUUUGUUCUGAUUUAGAACCUCAAGUGUUUAAUGGCUUUGUAACUGAAUCAAACAGUGUUUUGCCAAGCUCUACUGCUCCCUGUGGUUCUACAGAGCCUCAAAAGAUACUGGAAGCUCAGCGGGCAGAUAACCAGGUUGUAUUUAGUGGGAACUCACUAGGAGAAACAGAACAGCUUGUCCCUGAUAAACAAAAGGAUGUUUGCCCUCACCUUUCUGAAAAGAAAGUUUGCCCAGAAAGUUCAUUCGCCAUUCCAAGCAACUUGCUUCCUUCAAAUGAGACUGCAAAGCAAGAGAACGUUGAAAUGGUGUCGGCUGCUGUGGAAGCCCCAGAUCCUUACGUAAUGAGUCUCCAGAAUCUCUUGAAGAAAUCGAGGGAGUAUAUACAGAGGGAACAAACCAGACGUAGCAUGAGAAGCGGUUCCAAGAGAAGCGUCAGUGAAAGCCUUUCAGAUAAAGAAAAUGAUGCGGUGAAAAUGAGUGACUCCAUGAAAGAGAGAGGGAAGUUAAUGGGCAGGAGUUACACGCCAGCGACUCUUGAUAAGCCAAACCUUACUUCUCUGCAAGGCAACUCUGUCCCCAAAAAUAGCACGAGGAUUGUAGCAUCACCCAGUUUUUCUAAAGUGGACAUACCUAUGAGAUCCGGAACACCACCUGUGCGGGAUUCAGAUUCAGAUGAAGACUUUAAAAAUACCUCUCUGUUUGAUCAUGACAGCAGCAUUCUCAGAAGCCUUACAGGUUCUUACUCGAAAUUACCCAGUCCUGAGCCAAGCAUGAGCCCCAAAAUGCAUAGAAGGCGCCCAAGACCUUCUUCAAUGGGACACAUAGUCAUUAACAACCCUAUAAAUGCCUAUGAAUUAAGCCCCAAAGAGAAGGGAAGAGCUGUGGGAUUGAUUGGCUACUCGGCUGGUGACAAAACAUUUGCCUCGGACCCUGUGCCAAAACUGACUCCAGAUUUUGCUCCAGUUUGCUCCAGCAAAACGCACGCUUUCCACAAGAGUGCUUCGGACAUCUCUGAUGAAUCAGUAGCUGUCAAGCCAAAUCAAGUCUGUCAGCUUCAAGUUAGUCAGCAAGAAAGUGGAGGGUUUCCAGCCAGUACCGUAGCAAGAGGAGGAGAGUUAAUGACCCUGGAUGGUAGAGGGGCAUCAACAACUUGCUUUUCAGCUGCAAGCCUGCAAGAGCCCCCUGCAGUCAGCAGCCCCAUUGCCUUGCAAAAUGCAGUGAAUGCUGGUGGAGCCAAGCAGGUUGGCUUGCCAGACAAAGCCAAAUGCAGUGCAGCCACAGAACUUAAUAAAUCUUACGAUGUCGAAAGCCCUUCUCCAUUGCUGAUGCAGACCCAGCACUCGCAGCAGACAGACACCCCAAAUGCAGGAAACGAGCAGAGCUUGGAAAACGGCUUUGAAAAGGUGAAGCGGAGGCUUGAGCUGGAUGCCGAUGGCAUACAGAAGGAAAAUGUACCUUCCGUCAUGGGGGCAGGCACCAGCGAUCCAGAGAAACGGUGGUCGCAGGACCCGAGGGGGCCAGCAGGACCAGCUUCCACUGCCAAGAACGAGACGCAUGGCAGAGGUUCCAGGGAAGAGGAGGCUCUGCGAAUAAAAAUGCUGGCUUUGGAAGAAAUGAGGAAACGACUGGAAGAGCAGCAUGCUCAGCAGCUCUCGUUGCUGAUCGCGGAGCAAGAGCGAGAGCAGGAAAGGCUGCAGAAGGAGAUCAUCGAACAGGAGAGAAGGCUAAAAGGCGAGAAGACUGCUGUAGCAGGAACAGAGAUCCCUCCGAUUGCCAUUAGCUGCGGGGUGGAUUUGGAAUGGAGGAAGAUGAGCGACCCUCGCUUGUUGGAAUCUGUGCUGACUCAAGUGGAAACACUCCAUAAUGCAAACUCUGAGAGCGCUGGCUUUGUCAAUGCCAAGCUUGGGUCCGUGGCUGACUCUCCGUUCUACCUCUGGGAACCGCCCCCAAGUGGGAAGUCAGUUUCAGCAACCAGAUCAGUCAACAGGAGCAAAAUGAGAUGGUCUCAGGUAUAUAGUCCUGAGAUGAAGAGGAAGUUAAACAAGAUCUCAGCUCUGGCCAAGGGAUUUCUGACGCGUAGGCUCUUGCAGACAGAGAAACUGAAGCAUCUCAGGCAAACUGUUAAAGAUACAAUGGAGUUCAUGAGAAACUUUCAGUCCGAAGCACCGUUAAAGAGAGGAAAUGUUUCUGCUCAAGAUGCGUCCUUGCAAGAACGAGUGGCGGCUCAGCUCAGAGCAGCUUUGUAUGAAAUCCACGAUAUAUUUUUCAAAGUGGAAGUGUCUGAGAGGAUGAAUAUCCUGCGUCACGACCGGGAAGUUCGCAAGGAGAAAAUGCUACGGCAGCUGGAUAAAGCAAAAACCCCUAAAGAGAGAGUGACACUUUCUACGGCCACACAGAAAUCUCUGGAUAGGAAGAAAUGCCUGAAGUAUGUGGGGAAAUGGGCUACGGAAAUAGGCAUGUCACAUAAAAAAACAAUAGUGAAACAAAAGACUCCAGAAAACAGAGUUCUUCAGCCAAAUCAGGGACAAAAUGCUCCCAUUCAAAGACUGCUUUCCAGGCAAGGAACCCCUAAGACCUCAGUGAAAGGGGCUGAGCAAAAUAUAAAGAAGCCUUCAGAGAGCAGUGUGUCUAACAAGGCCCGUUCAGGAGUAUGUGCAAGAAGAAUCCAAAGAAAGAAGCCAAGUGCUGUGACAACUUAAGGCGGCAGCAUUCCCUCGGCUAAAGGAGGCAGCUUUGAUUUAUCUGUACAUGUUCUGCAUUGGUUCAGAUCUUCCAGCUGGUACACACACGGAUAAGUUUAGAGGAGCAAACAUAUACUUCAUAAUAUUUUGCAUAGAUUUCUAAGAGGUGUUCCAUGGAGUGGAAAAACAACAAAUCAGGCAACAGACUUGAGCAUUCUGCAUGUUUUAACUCUCCUGUAUCUACAGCUGUGUUAUGUAUACCAGUAGUAUACACUGUACACACUCAGGAAGAAUGCUAUACUGUAAUUUUACAGAAUUGUUUUUGGAAAAUUUGAAUCUAAACUGCACUUUUUAAUUAAAUUGUUUUUUUAUUAUUUAUGGACAUAAUAGCGGCCUUUAUAAAUCUCCAACAGGCACUUAUAGAAAGAACCAUGGUGUGGGAUUUGCAGCCAUAGAGACACUGGUUCGACCACACAACCCUCUGCUCUUUCAUGCUUCAGCCCCACUGAAAAUCCCAUGUGCCUGAUCUAGGUUUAGUCACCAGUAUGUUGGCUUAAGCAUUUGUGGAUGUCGCGGUGGUCCUCCUGGCAGCAUGAAUGCUGGCUGUGCUUCCUUCUUGCCUUGGCCUUGCCUCCAUCAUGCUGUGCAGAUCUUUUAAAUCGGGGCUGUGAAAUAUAUUUGAAUAUGCUCCUUAAGAGCUCCAUCUGUGCUGUGGAAUCAGCAGUCAAGGUUUUGCUUCCUCCCCAAUAAACCCGAAAAGGACAAGAUGUAAAUAAAUGUAAACAGUGACAGUUCUCCAGAUUUGUUUUUACUAAAUACUUGCCUCAGUCACUUAAAUUAUUAUUUUUUUUAAGCCAGAGUGUCUUAUUUUGCAUUUCUUUUUAAGACUGAUAGGUUUUUGGAAGAUGAAUUUUGGCUAGUUAAUUGAAGUGAAGAUACUCAAGUGCUGAAUGAAGUUUGCAGAAUGCCUGCUUUCUCAAAUAGCCUCGGCCCUUUAAAAUACUGCUUGUUUUCACAGAAAGUGUAAACUCUUAAACUACCAAAACUACAUCUGAAAAAGGGAAUUAGUUAUUAGAAACUUAACUGUUGCUUAGAUAUUGAUGUGGCUCAGAGAUAUGGAACCAAAAGGGUUGUGUUGUAGAGAGUGUAUAUACUUCAACUGUUUAGCUAGUAAUGGUGCCGUUUUUAACAUAGUAAGUGCGUAGAAAUUGGUUAAAUGUGAAUGUCAAAUUGGUAACAGUGGUAGGCUUCUUUCAGAAACUUCACAUCUGGCAACAUCAUGGUUGAAUUUACAAUAGUACACAGUGUAACUAUUGUAAGUUAAAACUGGAUGAAAAGUUCAUUCUGCAGCUUAAUUAAUUGGGUAUGGAGGGUUGGCAGCACACUUACUGUGGGCAUCUUCUAAUGCCCUUUACUUAUAUAUCAUGCAGUAUUUUAGACUCUUGGUUUGGAGCGUAGAGCGGGAGCAGCAACGCUAGUGCAGAAGAACGUUUUUGCAAACUGCUCAUCAGGUCUUCCCGCCCUGAGGAAGGCUUUCCUUUCAAAGGCUCCUUAUGGGCUAAUUUGUGCAGCACAAUGCAAGCUUUUCUAAUUAUUUUUAUUCCCAAGUAGUUUUUAGGUCUUGAAUUGUUUGUUUAAUGCUUUUUGCAUGACUUGAAUGUUUUCCUUAGAGGUGUACACAAAUGGAGGUGGGGCUUAACAGAAGAUUUGGCAAGCUAAAUUCAAGGAAUUGCUUGUAAGUAGGAAAUACCCCACAGGUUACUUGAUAAACCAGUGCUAAAAAAUAUCGAUAAAGCCUUGUUCAUAAAUCUGUUUGUGCGUAUCGUGGUGGUAACUUAGUUUCAACCUGACACAAAAAUAUGCAGACCAAUUAAUUUUUUUCUGGUAUCCUAAUUAUACUGUUUUCCUUUUUGAAUUUAAAAGUCUGUACUAAAUUCUCCGUUUUUAAAAAACUCUCAUAAGGCCUUCUAUUUAAAAGUGCCAGGACUUUAAAAGCAAUCUGUUUUGUAUUUAUUUAUUUUAAUUUUCAGUUUAACUUUUUAAUUUUUUUUAAUGUAAUAAAGUGGUAUUUUUGUACUUUUUGGUUGUCAUCUGUCUUGCUCUUGUUUUUUUCCCUUAAACGUCUUGCACAGUAAACUUUUUUUUAUCUUUAAAAUGUGUCCGUGUAUGGCUUUUCCCAUUGAGUGUUUCAACUCAGAUUUGUAAGUGGCUUGCCUCAGUUAUCACCCUUUCAAGUCUACCAA